GGUCAGACCCACUCCGGGUCCCACACAGCGCCGAUAGGAUGGAGCUGGAAAACAUCGUCGCCAACACAGUGCUACUGAAAGCCAGAGAGGGUGGUGGAGGGAAGAGGAAAGGUCGCAGUAAAAAAUGGAAAGAGAUGCUGGAACUACCUCAUGUCAGCCAUUGUGAAGAGCUGCGACGGACAUUAGCCAGGGAUUACAGCUCCUUCUGUGACAAGCAGCCAAUUGGAAGGCAAUUCUUCAGGCAAUUCUGUGAGACUCGAUUAGAAUCGAAAAGAUGUAUUGAAUUCCUAGAUGCAGUGACCGAGUACGAGGUGGCUCCAGAUGAGAAGAGACGGGAUUAUGGACUCCAGCUUUUAGAGACUUACUUCAACAAUGGGUCGGCAGCUCAUUUGCCCGAAGUGCCCGCCGACACAGUGAGACAGUGUAAGGAAAGGCUGGAACAGAGCCCUUGCAAGGAACUAUUUAACGAGUGCACAAAAGUUGUCCAUGAGUAUCUAAGUGGAGGUCCAUUUACAGAUUAUCAAGGAAGCAUGUACUUUUCACGCUUCUUGCAGUGGAAAUGGUUAGAAAGGCAACCUGUAACCAAAUAUACUUUUAGGCAUUAUAGAGUACUAGGAAAAGGAGGAUUUGGCGAGGUGUGCGCUUGCCAAGUCCGUGCGACGGGGAAGAUGUAUGCUUGUAAAAAGCUGGAGAAGAAAAGGAUAAAGAAACGGAAAGGAGAAGCUAUGGCGUUAAACGAGAAGCAGAUUUUAGAGAAGGUUAACAGUAGAUUUGUUGUUAGCUUAGCAUAUGCCUAUGAAACAAAAGAUGCACUGUGUUUGGUACUGACCUUAAUGAACGGUGGUGACUUGAAGUUUCACAUCUACAAUAUGGGGAAUCCAGGCUUUGAUGAAGAGAGAGCGGUCUUCUAUGCUGCUGAAAUCUGUUGUGGCCUGGAGGACUUGCAUAGAGAGAGAAUUGUGUAUAGAGAUUUAAAGCCAGAAAAUAUUCUUUUGGAUGAUCACGGUCAUAUCCGGAUUUCUGACCUCGGUUUAGCUGUACAAAUCCCAGAAGGGGAAUCGAUCCGGGGAAGGGUGGGAACUGUAGGAUAUAUGGCUCCAGAGAUUAUCAAUAAUGAAAGCUAUUCCUUCAGCCCUGACUGGUGGGCUCUUGGUUGCCUAGUUUAUGAGAUGAUCCAGGGUCAGUCACCUUUUCGGAAGAGGAAAGAGAAGGUGAAGCGGGAGGAAGUUGAUCGACGUGUCCGAGACGAUGUUGAAAACUACUCUGAAAAGUUCUCUGAAGAUGCUAGCUCGAUCUGCAAGAUGUUACUGACCAAAAAUCCAAAGGAGAGGUUGGGCUGCAAGGGGGAAGGAGCUUCGGAGAUAAAGCAACAUCGUAUAUUUAGAACCAUCAACUUCAAGAGGCUGGAGGCAAACAUGCUGGAUCCUUCUUUUGUUCCAGAUCCCAGAGCAGUUUACUGCAAAGACGUCUUGGAUAUAGAGCAGUUCUCAACAGUCAAAGGGGUAAACCUGGAUCCUACAGACGACGAUUUCUACUCGAAGUUCGUCACGGGUAGUGUCACCAUUCCUUGGCAAAAUGAGAUGAUUGAAACAGAAUGUUUCAAAGAAGUAAAUGUAUAUGGAACUGGUGGAACAUUAUCACCAGACAUGGAUGCCAAGAAGCCUAAUCCACCUCCGAAACGAGGUUUAUUUCACAGGCUUUUCAGGCGAGAGUUCUGUUUUAAAAGUGGUUACAGUGAUGAUGAAGAGGGCCCUUCAAGAAUUUGAGUCCUUUUGGAUGUCAACCAUUUAUUGAAAGUAAAAAACAAAGAGAAACUGAAAUAUUUCAGUUUAACUGGGAAUGUGUAUUAAAAUGUAUUAUAUUUCAAAAACUGCUGUAUGAGUUUACAUAUUUUGUACAUUUGUACUUGACUUAUGUCUAGAUGUAUAUUUUCACUAAAAGUUGUACAAAAAGCCAUAUAUUAAGUACCACUUGAAUGCAUACAUAAUUUUAGCAGGAAUGACUUUGGAAAUAUCUAUUUAAAAGUUUUUAUUUUUUUGUUAAAAAGCACAGUAAUGUAAAUGUGGUGUGUUAGGUACACCUCAUAAUUCAAGAGUAACUUGACUGAAUUUUACUUCAGUACAGGAUGGGCCCAUAUACACAAGCAAUGUUGUCUUGGUGCUCCAUAAUAUAUGUAUCAUAAAACGUGUGUAACUUGUCUGCGUGCAUGUUCUUUUUUUUCCUGUGUAUAACUUGGAAUCGAUCCCAUUUUGGUCCAUUAAAUUCCAUUUCAAGAGUAACUGUAAAUCCUAAAUGUUUUGUUUGUUUAGCCAGUCGCCAUAGUCAGAAAUCAGACCAUUGUUGCUGUGUUUACAGGCCCACUAUAUCAUGGAAAAGGAUCAUUUAAGCUUUGUUCGUUUGAAUCUCAAAUCUGCGGAAACAUUCCCAAAUCUUAUCAGUCUACAUUCUGACAAUGUCAGAAUACAUCUGUACCAAACUUUUUUUGUAACUUAGCAUCAGGUAUUUUGCCUAUAACUCAUUUCUUAAAGCUCUGAAGAACAUAAGUAGACAAUCUCUGUGUUCUGUAUUAUUAUUGACUUUUUUGUGGUUUGAAUGUCUGCACUAAGUGCCAUUUUAAAAAAAAUGUUGCCUGUUCUCAAAACAGAUUUUGCAGUUAUAUUUAAUAAAGCAUGUAACUAUUGUAUCUGCAGGAUUGUUAUUGGUGUCGAGGCCCCUCUGUGCCCACAAAUCAGAAUCUCAUGUUGAAUGCAACUGUUUUAUUGCAACUGGUGACCAGUUUUGUGUUACACAAACAUCAUGUUUUUUUAACCCGCUGUGUAAUCCUUCCUAAAUUCAGGAUGUAUCAGGAUCUUACCUAAUGUCACUGGGUUUAUUUUUAUGUUGAACAUUUUAAAUUGAAUAAACACUGCCAUUUGUAUACA